ACUCCACCAAUUAUCAUAAGUCUUAAACCGAAAGAAAAGCUCCAAACCGACCAAAAAAAAAAAAAAAGAGGUUGUCUCCAAAAAUUAAGAUCUCAAUAUAUUAUUCUUCGUCGUUCUCCUUUAGAGAUUUCCUUUUAAGUUUGUUUUUCCCCCCUUAGUUUAAAAGAUGUCAUCAAGUGAAGAACCCUUCUCACAAGUGCAGGCACGGUUAGCUGUGCUUGCAUCUCAUUUAGCAGCUCCUGAUUGCUCCUCCAACAACCUCAAUUCUUGUGUCCUCGAGCCAUGGUGCGUGUCGGCUCAGAACGGUGGCUCUGUUGGCCUUUCAUUAACCAUCAUCGACGAGCGAACCGGGAAGAAGUACCAGGUCCCUGUCUCCAGCGAAGGCACUAUCAGAGCUACCGAUUUAAAAAAGAUAACAACAGGGAAAGGUGAUAAGGGGCUUAAAGUUUAUGAUCCGGGUUACUUGAAUACAGCUCCAGUUCGGUCGUCGAUUUCUUAUAUAGACGGUGAUGAAGGGAUUCUUAGAUACAGGGGGUAUCCAAUUGAAGAACUGGCUGAGAGUUCCACUUUCUUGGAAGUGGCCUACCUCUUAAUGUAUGGGAAUUUGCCUUCUGAAAGUCAGUUAGCAGACUGGGAAUUUGCUGUUAGCCAGCAUUCAGCUGUGCCGCAAGGGAUUCUGGACAUUAUACAAUCAAUGCCUCAUGAUGCUCAUCCAAUGGGUGUACUUGUCAGUGCAAUGAGUGCUCUUUCUGUUUUUCACCCUGAUGCCAAUCCUGCUCUUAGAGGCCAAGAAAUUUAUAAGUCGAAACAAGUGAGAGACAAGCAAAUAGCUCGCAUUAUUGGAAAGGCACCAACCAUUGCUGCUGCAGCUUAUUUGAGGAUGGCAGGAAGGCCUCCGGUUCUCCCUUCCAGCACCCUUUCUUAUGCUGAGAACUUUCUCUAUAUGCUAGAUUCAAUGGGCAACCGGUCUUAUAAGCCCAACCCUCGGUUAGCUCGAGUGCUGGACAUUCUUUUUAUACUACAUGCAGAACAUGAAAUGAACUGUUCCACAGCUGCUGCCCGGCAUCUUGCAUCAGGUGGAGUUGAUGUAUACACUGCUCUAGCUGGAGCUGUUGGAGCACUAUAUGGUCCUCUUCAUGGUGGAGCCAACGAGGCUGUGCUCAAGAUGCUUGGUGAGAUUGGAACAGUAGAGAACAUUCCAGAGUUCAUUGAAGGUGUCAAAAACAGGAAGCGGAAAAUGUCUGGUUUUGGCCACCGUGUAUACAAAAACUAUGAUCCAAGGGCAAAGGUGAUAAAGAAAUUGGCAGAGGAAGUUUUUUCUAUUGUUGGCCGGGAUCCACUUAUUGAGGUAGCUAUUAGUUUGGAGAAGGCUGCAUUAUCUGACGAAUAUUUUAUUAAGAGGAAGCUUUAUCCAAAUGUUGAUUUCUAUUCUGGGUUAAUAUACCGGGCCAUGGGAUUUCCACCAGAGUUCUUCACUGUGUUAUUUGCAAUCCCUCGAAUGGCUGGGUACUUGGCACACUGGCGCGAGUCUCUAGAUGAUCCCGAUACAAAGAUAAUAAGACCCCAGCAGGUUUAUACCGGUGUAUGGCUACGGCAUUAUAUGCCACUCAAGGAGCGCAUGGCGUUGAAUGAUGCAGACAAGCUUACUCAAGUAUCCAUAUCAAAUGCCUCGAGACGACGACUGGCUGGUUCCGGGGUUUAGGCUUUACUGUUAUAUUAUAACAUCACCAAGUGAAAUAAAAUGGCAAACGGCCUGUAUAUGUAUCUCUGCUAAAAUAAAUUUACUACCCUUGUCAAUGGCUUUCUGCUUGAAAACUGUAUGCUUUUGAGCAGACAUAAUGCAAUUUGCCCCUUAUCUUGUUGGAUCUAUUGUUGAUGGGAUCCAUGUCUUGUUAAAUCUAGACCUUAAAAUACUUGCUGUGGGGAGCUUGGGAAUGAUUAACAAUUUGUUCUUCUUGUAA